AUGGGGUGCUUCAGCUCCAAGCCGGAUGACGCCAGUGCCAUUAGGAGGCGACCGGCGAGCAUCGGCGAGGUGGCCGUGUUUGUGCCCGGGUUGCGGGUCCCCGAGCCCUUGGAGCUGCCUCCGCCACCGCUCACCGACAGCCUGCCGAGGAGGCUCACCGAGCGUCUGGCGUCGUCGAGGGGCCGGAUCGCGGCCAUGGCCGCUCGCGAGGCGCUGGCCGUGACCAGGCCCCGGAGACGCGCCAUCACACAGCAUGGUGGCUCCACGUCAGCUGAUCUUGUGCAGGCUCUGGAGGAGUACUUGCCAGUUGUUCUAGGAAUGACAAAAGAUGGGAGCCAGUUGGAAGAUAAGAUACAGUACUCAUGGAUGAACCAGGAAGAUGAUGCAGAGGUCUGCACUGCAUCCACCCUACUAUCCAAUCAUGUCUAUACAUUUUGCAUUUUCUUCAGUAAUCUGUCUUUGUGGUGGCAGGAAACGGCAUUAACCAGUGCCUGGUACGAGGUGCUGUCAGUGCUGCACAUGAUGGCGAUGUUGCGUUUAUCGCAAGCAAAUUCGCUGCUCCUUCCCAAGACAUCACUCGAGGGGUACCACACCAAAGUAUCUGAAGAGAACAAGCGAGCUUCAGUGGAGAUAUUCCUCAAGGCGGCCGGGCACCUAGAGUGCGCCAUGCAGCAUGUUCUUCCCAGGAUGUCGCCUGAAAAGAGGAAAGGUCUUCCUGUGGACUUGUCUGAAGGUGUCCUGAAAGCUACCUGCAUGCAAGCCCUUGGUCAGGCGAUCGAUGUUCAACUUGGGCUGGCGAUCGACAGCCCAAAGGCCACCCUGGCAGUAAAAAGGAGGCUGGCAUGUGAGAUGGUCAAGUGCUGGCAGCAGGCACAUGAAAGCAUUGCGGACCUACCCCUGCUCGACGGCUGGGGCGAGAAGCACAGACUCUUCGUCAAGUGGAAGCACAUGGAAGCAAAAGCCGCGGCGUACUACUACCAUGGGCUGAUCCUGGACGAGGGCAACAGCGAGAAGUCUCACCGGGAGGCCGUGGCGGCACUGCAGUCCGCGGAGGAGUUCCUGAAGGAGAGCCGAGCCGCCAGCGAGGAGUUCCAUGCCGCAUCCCCUGUUUCAAAGAGCCCAGUGUUGUGGGGAUCGAUGAAGUACCUAUACGACAAGAUCCACAAGGACUCCUCCUGCAAAGUCCGCAUCAACAAGGACCUCUACAGCAACAUCGACAGGACGACUCAUGAGACGGCGGCGCCAGAGCUGCCGGACUUCGCAGUGGCUCUCAAGCCGGAGGACUAUCGGCUUCCUCGCACAGACGCUGCUUCUGUAAAUGACUAGCUAUGGGCAUGCAUGUAUGCAAGUCUUUUAUUCGCUAGAUAUAGUAAUUAAUCGGACAUGUACCUUGGAUGGAUGGAUGGAUGAUUAAUUUGUGAAUCAAAUCGAAUGGUGACCUGAAACAUACAUUCAUACACUCUAUUUGGAACCAUACACUCUGAAAAGUCCAAUCACAGAACGGAAUAACGUUCUAGCUCGAAA